UGUGAUUCUCUUAGGGUCAGUGUCUUAUAGAUAGGAGUAUAAAUGUCCUUGGGGGGCAUCUCAAGUAUGAAAUAAUUAGAGCUAUAUAGGAAUAAAAGCUAGCUCACAGCUCUUAAGUGGCUACUUGGAGGUGGUCUGAUGGCUGCUUUGAGAGGUCAUACAGGAAUAGGCAUAGUGAAACAUGCUAAUGCAAGCAUUCUGUAGUCUAACUGAAUGCCUAGUUUGACACUGAACGUGAACAAUAAUUACAGCCACACAUCUAUAAUAUCCAUCACAGUGACCAUGAUUAAGAUGGCUCUCGGAACCUUUCUGUUGGGGAUCUUUUGCGGGAGGGACCGGAAGAGAGGCGUAUCCGUUCUGUCGUGAUGUGGGGAGGAAGCAAGCUGAGCUCCUCCGGGAGGCGAUUUUUAGGAGGACUCAGAGCGGGAUACCGGAGCACACAGGCUGACUCUUCUCGCCCAACUACGUCGGCGGUUUAUCCAAAGAAUCAGCUCAGUUGGAUUCUACAAAUUAAACCAUGGGUUUUCAAUGAAAACAGAAUCAUGUGGUUCAAAUCCUAUAGCAUGACUUUUGCCUGCCUGAAUUGGAUGAAAAAUUAUAGGCUCCCUUGGACAAGACCAUACAGUACUUCGCGGACCACUGUAGACAGUAGUGAGGUGAAGACCUUCCUGGCCCUGGCUCACAGGUGGUGGGAUGAGCAAGGAGUUUAUGCGCCUCUUCACUCUAUGAAUGACCUAAGGGUGCCGUUCAUUAGAGACAAUCUCUUAAAAACAGUUGCUAAUCACCAGCCAGGAAAACCUUUGUCUGGGAUGAAGAUUCUUGAUGUUGGUUGUGGUGGUGGAUUGUUAACAGAACCUCUAGGGCGGCUUGGGGCCUCAGUCAUUGGAAUCGAUCCUGUGGAUGAGAACAUUAAAACAGCACAGCACCAUAAAUCAUUCGACCCAGUCCUGGAUAAGAGGAUAGAGUACAGAACGUGUUCCCUGGAGGAGAUUGUGAAAGAUACUGUGGAAUCGUUUGAUGCUGUCAUAGCUUCUGAAGUUGUAGAACAUGUGGUUGAUCUAGAAACAUUUAUACAGUGCUGCUUUCAAGUGUUAAAGCCUGAUGGUUCUUUAUUCAUUACUACAAUCAACAAAACACAGCUCUCCUAUGCCUUGGGAAUUGUUUUUUCAGAGCAAAUUGCAGGUAUUGUGCCAAAAGGUACUCAUACCUGGGAGAAGUUUGUUUCACCUGAAAAGCUAGAGAGCAUUCUGGAAUCAAAUGGUCUGUCAGUUCAAACUGUGGUGGGAAUGCUCUACAACCCCUUCUCAGGUUACUGGCAUUGGAGUGAAAACACCAGCCUUAACUAUGCAGCUCAUGCUCUGAAAUCCAGCCUCCAGGAACACCCAGCGCCUGCCGAGUUUGCUUUAAAGGGGGAAACAGGGGAGCUCCAAGCUGAAGCCUCCACCAACUCAGAUGUGCAGGAAGAGCUGAAGAAAUGAACUGUUUCUAAGGGCUAUAGUAUAAUGGCUUGAAAGUCUGAUGUUUACAAAUACACAGAAUAUAUACUGUUUGUUUUUUGACAGGUUCAGAAAGAAAAAGUCAAUAAAAAGGGUUAAAACUUAGAUAAAA